AUGGAGCUGAAGGUCUGGGUGGAUGGGAUCCAGAGGGUCGUGUGUGGAGUCUCGGAGCAAACCACCUGCCAAGAAGUGGUCAUUGCCCUGGCACGGGCCAUUGGUCAGACGGGUCGCUAUGUGCUGGUGCAGAAGCUGCGGGAGAAGGAGCGGCAGCUGCUGCCGCUGGAGUGUCCCUUGGAGUCGCUGGCCAAGUGCGGGCAGUAUGCCAACGACGUGCAGUUCAUCCUGCGGCGGACAGGCCCCAGCAUGGCCGAGCGGCCCUCCUCGGAGGGCUCUCCCCAGGCUCCCGAGAGGACGUUCAUCCGGGCCAGCUUGCCCAUCAAGCCCAGGCUCACCAGCAUAGACGGACCCCGUUCCAGGGAGCCCAAAAAAUCCAUGACCUUCAGCCUGGGUCCUACAGGCUCCAGCGACCUGUUCACCGUGAGCCGAUGGAGGCACCAAACACGGGAUGGGCUAGACUUGGAGGGUGGUGGUGUUGUCCAGCCCUCCAAGGAGGAGCUUUUUAGGAGAGUGCUGCAGCAGCAGGAGCAGCUGCAUUCCUUGGAGGCCCAUGGGGACACCCUAGAAAUGGACCUACGGCUCUGGGAGCGCAGCCGGCUUGCUGGCCAGGAGAAUGAGAUUCUCUAUCUGGAGCAAGUGGUGCGGAGGAAUGAGACGGAGCUGGGUGAGGAGGAGUUCUGGCAGAGUGAGCUCCGGCUGGAAAAGGAGUGCGAGCGGGAGCGACAGGAACGGGUGAGGAGCCUGCGGGCCAGCCUGGAGGAGUACACCCAGAGGAUCUAUGAGCUGAGCAUCCGGACUGAAGCCCUGCAGGAGGAGAUCCAAUGGGAGAUGGCCGAGAGGGCCAAGAGGGGGAAGGAGAUCUCUAUGCCCAGCCCCAUAGAGCUGGAGGACAUGGCCACCAAAAUGAAAAGGGACCUGGAGGCCAAGGUCAAGCAAGGCACCCAGCUGGAGAGCAACCUGGCCAGCGUGGAGAAGGCCCUGGAGGAAGCUGAAAAGAACCUGCAGGCCCAGACCCAAGAGCUGGAGGAGUUAAAUAAGGAGCUGAGGCAGUGUAAUUUGCAGCAGUUUAUUCAGCAGACGGGGGCCACGGUGACCGUCCUGCAGGCCCGGUCCGAGGAGGACGCCCAGCCGGAGCCGAGCCCGUGCGAGCUGCCAGCCUACCGGAGAAACGGAGGUUUUUCUCCCACCGCUGGUACAGACUUGCCUCCCCAGGUCAGCACCAAGCAGCUCCUCGGCCAUCCCAGGACCCUGCCGGAGCCCCUGGUGUCCAGCCUGAACCCCGAGGGUGCGUAUGUCCCACUGGGGCCCUGGGAGCACGAGCUGCUCUGCAGAGGAUGGGUGGGAAGAGGGGAGAGGCUUUUGCUGCCCAAAAUGGGCUGCAGAGAGCAAGCGUGUGCUGGUGGUGGGAGGCCAGAGCUAUUUAUAGAUGCCAUUAGGAAGCGCAAAGCUCACACUCCAGCAGUCUCUGCUGUGCUGCCAGGGGCUCACACACUGGCAGCCUGGCUCUCUGCCCCGCCAGGAGCUGUGGAGGAUGGUUCUCAUCCCUCUCCUGCCACUCUGUACCCCCAGGGUUAA